CAUUGGGGUCCAGUCCGGGAAUACUGACAGGUGAUCCGCGAGUCCCCGGUAUUCUGCUAUAAGGAACUUUUGAGGUCUCCUUCGCCGUUGGGAAGACCAUGGCUCGCCUAGGGAUGUAUCAGAAGUCGUUGUUGGUGAUUUUGUUAGAAAUUGCCUUAAUUUGCUCCGCUCAGAGGGGCCCAGUGGGCCCAAGAGGAGCCCCCGGGCCUCCUGGAGUAGCUGGGGUGCCUGGAGUGGACGGGAUUGAUGGCGAAAGAGGAGUGGACAACAAUGUCGUCGGCGGACCUGGCCCUGAUGGGGACAACGGCUCAGAUGGUACUCCUGGAACUCCAGGUCUUCCAGGCGCUGAUGGACCCGUAGGACCAAGCGGUGCUGCUGGACCCACUGGAAAGAAGGGACCCAAGGGUGAAGCUGGAGCUCGAGGACCAAUCGGGGAGAUGGGGGAAGGAGAGGACGGUCUCGACGGGCUUCCAGGAACCGACGGACUUCCGGGUGAACUGGGCAAGGUUGGACUUCCUGGUAACUCUGGGAAGAGAGGGGCAGUGGGUCUGCCCGGUCCGGUCGGAACAAGGGGUCCCCCAGGAGUUUAUGGAGGGGAAGAGCUGUGCCCCAAUGCCUGCCCUGCUGGCCUCAAUGGACAUUCAGGUCUCCCUGGAAUGAAAGGCCACAAAGGAGUCAAGGGGGAGUCUGGUGAACCAGGAAAGCAAGGACACAAGGGAGAGGAGGGCAAUCAAGGAGCUUCAGGGGAUGUCGGCGCACAAGGACUACCGGGCCCAGGAGGGAAGAGAGGGAUCACUGGAAUAGUGGGGUCCAAAGGGGAUCAGGGACCUCGUGGGAAGUUAGGGGAUGGUGGUCCUCAGGGCAUCCAAGGACACCAUGGCGAUCCUGGUCAGAGGGGAGCCGUCGGCGAGAUGGGACCGAAGGGAAGCCAGGGGGCUGUAGGACCGGGUGGAAUCAGGGGCGUUCCGGGGCCAAAGGGAGAGGCUGGCCUUCCGGGGCCUGAUGGUCGCGAGGGAAUCCCUGGACUGCCGGCCUCCAAGGGUAUCCCAGGAAAGAAUGGCAGUCCUGGUGAGGCAGGACAAACAGGACUUCCUGGUUUACCAGGAGCUUACGGACCGAAAGGCGCAGGCGGCCUGAAGGGUGUCACUGGUGAUUCAGGAUCAGUAGGACUCAUGGGGUCUCCUGGGAAAUCAGGUGAGCGUGGCGAGCAAGGAGAAGUUGGACCUGUUGGAGCGCGAGGUGGACCUGGCGAGCGAGGAGUGCGAGGGCCUGACGGGCCCUCAGGAUCUCCAGGACCUAGAGGUGGUAAAGGGGACCUUGGGUUCCCAGGACUACCGGGUCCUGCUGGCUACUUCGGUCAGAAUGGAGACAGGGGUGCAAUUGGUCUCGAUGGCCCAGUGGGAGAGCAAGGGUCCAUGGGGUCAGAGGGAACCUCAGGCGAGAGGGGAGAGUUAGGCGAACAGGGUGAACUGGGGGAGAAAGGAUCGACGGGGCGUCCAGGAGAGACCGGGAACAAGGGCCCCGAGGGGGGCCGUGGCCAGCAGGGGAAGGAGGGCAAGCCUGGCCAGCCCGGUCCGCGGGGCAUGCAGGGAGACCGAGGAGUCCCAGGGGUGCCGGGAACCCAGGGCCCAGCCGGAAAGGUCCCCACGGACUCCCACAUCAAACAGGUCUGCAGGAGGGUGAUGCAAGAGCAGCUGGCCCAGCUGGCCGCCAGCCUCACCAGACCUGAGUCUGGCAUCUCUGGGAUCCAGGGACCCCCAGGUCCCCCAGGGCCUCCCGGAUCCUCCGGACAGAAUGGAUUCCCAGGACACUCAGGAGCCAGAGGCCUGCCCGGCCUCAAGGGCCCACCGGGUCUACUCGGCCGCAAGGGCAUCAAAGGUGACACUGGAGACCGAGGUGAUCGGGGACCUACGGCCAGAGGACCUAAAGGAGCACCGGGAGCUCCGGGUCUCACAGGUGAACCUGGUCGCCCGGCCUACGGGAACCAUGGGCGUGAUGGGCUCCGGGGCCCACGUGGCGCUGCUGGGCUCCCCGGGGUACCGGGCCCUCCCGGCCCAGCCGGCUCCAACGGGUACUGUGAGUCCUCGCAGUGCGUCAUGGCCAUGGUGGCGUCAUGCCCGGUGUCGGCCAAGGACCCCGGGACGAAGGGCCCCUCUGAGAUGUAGAGGCCCCAGGCCGGGACGGAGCCAGGAAGAGAGCCUGAGAGACUUAAAAGUGGGGGCGUAGCGUGCGUCGGGUCUCUCAUGGGCUGUGACCCCGUGUUGGGUCUCUGUUUGGAUUGGGUGGCUGGGUGAUGUGGAAGUCUAGUGUUGGGAAUUCUGCACAAUAUCAAAGUGUAUCACAGAAUAUGUGCUAAUGAAUGAAAAGGAACAUUUUAAGGUAUCAAACUGAGGUUAAUUUAAAUAAAUGCUAAUUUGACGAUAUGUUACUUUUGCGCCAAUACUAAACCCAUAAGAGGUGAUAAACCAUCAUGUUGAACUACAGCCCAGUCCUUGUACACUUUACUUGCUGUUUUACAACAACUCAAGCUAGCGGUAGCCGUCAGAGUAACCCAGAAACACAAUCAUAACCUUUUUAUUUUCUCACCCCAUCUUUGUCAUCACUCGUACUGUAAAAGAGACGGCACCCCCUGUGGUUGGGAAGACUUCGUUAUCAAGGGGUCUAUGUAUUAUGGUGACGUCCCAAUAGCAAUCCUGCCCGACAGGUGGGACAUGUUUUCUGUGUGUUUGUGUAAAUGUGUCAAUAUUGCAAUCCUAUGAAACGAUACCACCAAAUGAGCAUUUUGUUUUGUGAGUAUCUUUGUUGCGUUUCCAAUCACAAACCGUUCCCUCCCAUGUAGAGUAAUGAAUUUUGAUUCUGGCGUGUUUUUUAAGCAAACCUAUCUGUUUUUAUAUGAUGUCACCCUAUUUAUUUUAUCAAGAUCCAAUGUGGCAUCAACAACUUGUACAAAUGAAAUAAACACAUUUUGAUAA